AUGAAGCAGGAGCUGGCGGAGGAAGGCAGCAGAUGCUCCAUCCUCUCCAAGCAGCACCGCUUCAACGAGCACUGCUGUAUCCGCUGCUGCUCUCCCUUCACCUUCCUGAUCAACCCCAAGCGCCCGUGUCUGGACUGCCAGUACAACGUCUGCAAGACCUGCCGCACCUACAGCAAGCGGGAGAAAGCCUGGCUCUGCACCGCCUGCCAGAAGACCAGGUCAGUCUACUACGGUCGGAAUCUGUCUAUCUCACUGGAUGAAUGAAUGGAUGGAGAGAGAGAGAGGGGCAAAGACCGGAGGCGUGAGAGAGGGAGAGCAGAGGGAGGUAGAGGGGGAGAGAGAGAGGCGGAUAGAUGGGUUGGAGACUGGGGAGAGAGGGAUGGAGGGAGAGAGAGAGAGCAGGGAGGGAAGAGUGAAUGAGGAGGAUACUAUACUACCGUUGCUGUUACUACUGUCUGUCAACGCUGACCAGAGUUAGUUAGGAUGGAGGGAGAGGGAGGGAGAAAGGGAAGACGGGGGAGUGAACAGCAUGUCAUGCCGGUGUCGGAAAGGGCUCUCAGGAAUGAGGGGAAGGACAGAGGGGAGGAGAGGGAGGGUGUAGGUUGUGAGGAAAGGAGAGUUGAGAGAGAGAAGAAAGAAGAAGAAAGGUGUUUUUUGGAUGCUGCAGGUGUUGUCAGUGUAUUCCAUGUUGUAUACGUCCGGAGGAGUGACUUCCUGUGUCUAUGCUUGCGUGACACCUGCAUGAAGCUAGACUAACAAGGCUUCACCGUAUUGAGCUGCGUUACAUGGGAGGAUGAUGAAUUGAGCUGAGUGCUCUGUUGCGUUAUAUGGGCUAUACUCUAUGCUAUGGGCUUGAUGAAAACCUGAACACUGCUUUUCAUGGGUGUGUGGAAAGCUGUUUGUGUGUGUUUUCCCCUAAGGGUGGGUAGACUUCAUAUGACGGGAUGUGUUAUGUCAUGUGUGUGUGUGAAAGGGGAUAUCUAGUCAGUUGUACAACUAAAAGCAUUCAAUUGAAAUUUCUCUCCCGCAUUUAACCCAACCCUUCUGAAUCAGAAGGUGCGGGGGGCUGCCUUAAUCGACGUCCACGUCAUCGGCGCCAGGGGAGCAGUUGUUGUUGGGGGUUAACUGCCUUGCUCAAGGGCAGAACGGCAGAUUUUUCCACCUUGCCGGCUCGGGGAUUGGAACAAGCAACUUUUCGGUUACUGGCCCAGCGCGCUAACCGCUAGGCUAACUGCCGCCCCAGCAUCACACUGUGUGUUGAGUGUGUCAGCCUUCUGAGUGGUUAUAGAUGUAUAGACAUGUCUGAAGGAGGGUGCAGUCAGUUUUAUCUCUACCACCUGAGUCUCUGACAUGGAAAACGAAUGUGCUCCACAUCGUACCAUCUAUGACAGUGAUAUGACACUGUGUGUGUUUGUGUGUAUGAUGAUGGUGAGUGAUUGCUGAACAUGCCAAUGCGAGGGGGAAAACGUGAUGUGUUUUCUCUCUCUCUCUCUAUCUUCCGCUGUGUUUGUGUGACUUAUUUUUGCUGCAUUGUAUCGAAUUAGACACGCAGCCCCAAACCGGGUUUACGAGAUGAAAGGGUUUUAUCGAUCAGAAUGGAAGUUGGUUGGUCUCUCUUUCUCUCUCUCUCUCUCGCUCUCUCUUCCUCUAUUCAACCCCCUGUUUUCUUUCCCUCCCUCACCCCCCCCCCUCUCUCCACCCCCCGUCUCUCUCUCCCUCAUCUUUCCUCUCCCUGAUACUACCCUAAGGCAAAGGGCUGUAACUCUCUCCAACUUAAUGUUAGUGAGAUGAGUAGAGGCUUUGAUGCCCCCAGCUCUUUAAUACGCACGCUCAUUACCGUUCAGCCUGAGUCACUGAUGUAAAUUAUACUAAAUGCUAUCAUAAUAUCAACAACCAUCAUGAUGGGAUGUACAGAUGAAGUCGGAAGUUUACAUACACCUUAGCCAAAUACAUUUAAACUCAGUUUUUCCACAAUUCCUGACAUUUAAUCCUAGUAAAAAUUCCCUGUCUUAGGUCAGUUAGGAUCACCACUUUUAUUUUAAGAAUGUGAAAUGUCAGAAUAAUAGUAGAGAUAAUUAUUUCUUUCAGCUUUUAUUUCUUUCAUCACAUUCCCAGUGGGUCAGAAGUUUACAUACACUCAAUUAGUAUGUGGUAGCAUUGCCUUUAAAUUGUUUAACUUGGGUAGCCUUCCACAAGCUUCCCACAAUAAAUUGGGUACAUUUUGGCCCAUUCCUCCUGACAGUGCUGGUGUAAAUGAGUCAGGGUUGUUGGCCUCCUUCCCCGCACAUGCUUUUUCAGUUCUGCCCACAAACUUUCUAUAAGAUUGAGGUCAGGGCUUUGUGAUGGCCACUCCAAUACCUUGACUUUGUUGUCCUUAAGCCAUUUUGCCACAACUUUGGAAGUAUGCUUGGGGUCAUUGUCCAUUUGGAAGACCCAUUUGCGACCAAGCUUUAACUUCCUGACUGAUGUGUUGAGAUGUUGCGUCAAUAUAUCCACUUAAUUUUCAUGAUGCCAUCUAUUUUGUGAAGUGCACCAGUCCCUCCUGCAGCAAAGCACACCCACAGCAUGAUGCUGCCACCCCCGUGCUUCAAGGUUGGGAUGUUGUUCUUCGACUUGCAAGCCACACCCUUUUUCCUCCAAACAUAACGAUGGUCAUUAUGACCAAACAGUUUUGUUUCAUCAGACCAGAGGACAUUUCUCCAAAAAGUACGAUCUUUGUCCCCAUGUGCAGUUGCAAACCGUAGUCUGGCUUUUUUAUGGCGGUUUUGGAGCGGCCUUUCAGGUUAUGUCGAUAUAGGACUCGUUUUACUGUGGAUAUAGAUACUUUUGUACCUGUUUCCUCCAGCAUCUUCACAAGGUCCUUUGCUGUUGUUCUGGGAUUGAUUUGCACUUUUCGCACCAAAGUACGUUCAUAUCUAGGAGACAGAACGUGUCUCCUUCCUGAGCGGUAUGACAGCUGCGUGGUCCCAUGGUGUUUAUACUUGCGUACUAUUGUUUGUACAGAUGACGUGGUACCUUCAGGGGUUUGGAAAUUGCUCUCAAGGAUUUUCCCAUGAUGGCAAGCAAAGAGGCACUGUGUUUGAAGGUAGGCCUUGAAAUACAUCCACAGGUACACCUCCAAUUGACUCAAAUGAUGUCAAUUAGUCUAUGAUAUCAUUUUCUGGAAUUUCCCAAGCUGUUUAAAGGCACAGUCAACGUGUAUAUAAACUUCUGACCCACUAGAAUUGUGAUACAGUGAAUUAUAAGUGAAAUAAUCUGUCUGUAAACAAUUGUUUGAAAAAUUACUUGGUCUAACCGACUUGCCAAAACUAUAGUUUAUUAACAAGACAUUUGUGGAGUGGUUGAAAAACUAGUUUUAACUGUAUAUCAAGACAGCACUUUUCAUUACCGCAUAAGACGGUCUCCAUCCCAAAUGUCACCCUAUUCCCUAUAUAGUGCACUACUUUUGACCAUGGCCCAUAUGUGUGUUCUUAAACUAAACACUCACGAGAAUCACAACAUCGAUCCGAUUACAUUCAAUCCAAUUGCUUUGUGUAGCUUAAAUGAUUUUGCCGCCAUGCAAUUUAAAAGAUCAAAGCCGCAAUGUGCUUUCUUUCUUCAGUCAUAGUACUUACUAUUAGCCUGUAUAUUUCUCACACACCAGCAGUAGAUGUAGCUAUCAUUCUGUAUAUCACCUAAUUUCAACAAGGACAGAGCGUCCAUCGUUUCCCCACUGUCUCAUGAAUUAUCACACUGAAAUACUACAGUCAACUGUAAUAAACUACUACUAUAAAAAUCCACUACCAUUUCAUCACCUUGCCUGAUAUCAGGCCAUCAGAUCUGGGUGUGGCGGUUGGCAUGUGACUGCCGCAUAUUUCUCCUGGCGCGGUACUGUAGUAUACUGCUGUAGGUGUUGAUGGACAGACUGUAUGUGUGAAACAGCCUGUCCGUGUGGCUGGCUUUCUUCUGGACGUCAGCCUCUACCACAGCCUCACAGAAAGAAGAAGGGUGUAUGAAAUGGAGCUCCGCAAACUGUUUUAGGGCUUCAAAAUAUUAAUAAUAUAAUAAUAAUAAUAAUAUGCCAUUUAGCAGAUGCUUUUAUCCAAAGCGACUUACAGUCAAGCGUGCAUACAUUUUUUUUUUAGGUAUGGGUGGUCCCGGGGAUCGAACCCACUACCCUGGCGUUACAAGCACCAUGCUCUACCAAUUGAGCUACAGAGGACCACAUCUAUGUCUAUCAAAAUGUUAUGGCUUUUUAAUUUGAAAACCCACAUUGCAGUAUUUAUACCGUAGCUAUUUCUCACCUGAUUACAUCAAUUCAUAAUAGGCCUAUGGUUUGGGUUAUAAAAACGUACUGGUUGAUUUACACCAAACUAUGAUUUUGCAUUAUCUGUUCGCUUUUUAUGCUCUUCCUAUGUGCACCAGAAUGAUACAGACUUCAUUUUGGCUGCAAUUGUCUUCACCAGGGUUGUAUUCCUUAGUGCACACCGUAGCAAAACGUUUUUCAACGGAAAAAAUGGAAACAAGUGUUUCUUAUUGGACAAGUUCAGAUAGUUCCUCCCUGUUUCAGUCUGUUUUCUUCCAUUUGGUGCCGAAUAAAUACGACCCAGGUAGAGAUGUACUGUAACUGAGACAUAGAUCGUGUCAGGCAGGUAUGUGUGCUAAGAGGGUGGAAAGGUAAUCAGAUUGAUGCUAGCUUCUUCUCCUGUGGGUCUUCACUGUAGUGACAGGCCCGUCACACUAUCUGCCUGUAAGUCCCUGAACUCACACACACUAGUAUUCACACACAUGUACGCAGGCACACGUAUACACACACUCACACACACAUGCCCCUACCAGUCCUGAAUGAGCAGGUGCAUUGAGCGUCUCAAGCGUGACCGUGUCUAGUCUGGUCAUAUUAACCGUGCGGUCCAUCCCUGGGUUCAUACGCACACACGAACACACAGACACAGACACGAUGGUUGACUGGCCAGAUACGUUUCUGUCUUUCUAAUGAGAAAUACAGACACAUGUCCUCACUGUCUGGAAAGCCUUUUCCUCCUUAGAGUCACAGACAUUUACUACCUCUCUUAGGGAGGGAGAGAGGGAGAGAGGGAGAGCGAGAGCUGAGGAAAUAGAGAAAGCUGAGGAAAUAGAGAGAGCGAGAAAGCUGAGGAAAUAGAGGGAGAGAGAAAGCUGAGGAAAUAGAGGGAGAGAGAAAGCUGAGGAAAUAGAGAGAGAGAGAGAAAGCUGAGAGAGAGAGAGAGAGCUGAGGAGAGAGAGGGAGAAAGCUGAGGAAAUAGAGAGAGAGAGAGAAAGCUGAGGAAAUAGAGAGAGAGAGCGAGAGAAAGCUGAGGAAAUAUAUAUGUAUAUAUACAGUGGGGAGAACAAGUAUUUGAUACACUAACGAUUUUGCAGGUUUUCCUACUUAUAAAGCAUGUAGAGGUCUGUAAUUUUUAUCAUAGGUACACUUCAACUGUGAGAGACUGAAUCUAAAACAAAAAUCCAGAAACUGACAUUGUAUGAUUUUUAAGUAAUUAAUUUGCAUUUUAUUGCAUGACAUAAGUAUUUGAUCACUUACCAACCAGUAAGAAUUCCGGCUCUCACAGACCUGUUAGUUUUUCUUUAAGAAGCCCUCCUGUUCUCCACUCAUUACCUGUAUUAACUGCACCUGUUUGAACUCGUUACCUGUAUAAAAGACACCUGUCCACACACUCAAUCAAACAGACUCCAACCUCUCCACAAUGGCCGUGUAAGGACAUCAGGGAUAAAAUUGUAGACCUGCACAAGGCUGGGAUGGGCUACAGGACAAUAGGCAAGCAGCUUGGUAAGAAGGCAACAACUGUUGGCGCAAUUAUUAGAAAAUGGAAGAAGUUCAAGAUGACGGUCAAUCACCCUCGGUCUGGGGCUCCAUGCAAGAUCUCACCUCGUGGGGCAUCAAUGAUCAUGAGGAAGGUGAGGGAUCAGCCCAGAACUACACGGCAGGACCUGGUCAAUGACCUGAAGAGAGCUGAGACCACAGUCUCAAAGAAAACCAUUAGUAACACACUACGCCGUCAUGGAUAAAAAUCCUGCAGCGCACGCAAGGUCCCCCUGCUCAAGCCAGCGCAUGUCCAGGCCCGUCUGAAGUUUGCCAAUGACCAUCUGGAUGAUCCAGAGGAGGAAUGGGAGAAGGUCAUGUGGUCUGAUGAGACAAAAAUAGAGCUUUUUGGUCUAAACUCCACUCGCCGUGUUUGGAGGAAGAAGAAGGAUGAGUACAACCCCAAGAACACCAUCCCAACCGUGAAGCAUGGAGGUGGAAACAUCAUUCUUUGGGGAUGCUUUUCUGCAAAGGGGACAGGAUGACUGCACCGUAUUGAGGGGAGGAUGGAUGGGGCCAUGCAUCGCGAGAUCUUGGCCAACAACCUCCUUCCCUCAGUAAGAGCAUUGAAGAUGGGUCGUGGCUGGGUCUUCCAGCAUGACAACGACCCGAAACACACAGCCAGGGCAACUAAGGAGUGGCUCCGUAAGAAGCAUCUCAAGGUCCUGGAGUGGCCUAGCCAGUCUCCAGACCUGAACCCAAUAGAAAAUCUUUGGAGGGAGCUGAAAGUCUGUAUUGCCCAGCGACAGCCCCGAAACCUGAAGGGUCUGUAUGGAGGAGUGGGCCAAAAUCCCUGCUGCAGUGUGUGCAAACCUGGUCAAGACUUACAGGAAACGUAUGAUCUCUGUAAUUGCAAACAAAGGUUUCUGUACCAAAUAUUAAGUUCUGCUUUUCUGAUGUAUCAAAUACUUAUGUCAUGCAAUAAAAUGCAAAUUAAUUACUUAAAAAUCAUACAAUGUGAUUUUCUGGAUUUUUGUUUUAGAUUCCGUCUCUCACAGUUGAAGUGUACCUAUGAUAAAAAUUACAGACCUCUACAUGCUUUGUAAGUAGGAAAACCUGCAAAAUUGGCAGUGUAUCAAAUACUUGUUCUCCCCACUGUAUGUAUAUAUAUAUAUAGAGAGAGAAAGCUGAGGAAAUAGAGAGAGAGAGAAAGCUGAGGAGAGAGAGAGAGAAAGCUGAGGAAAUAGAGAGAGAGAGAAAGCUGAGGAAAUAGAGAGAGAGAGAAAGCUGAGGAAAUAGAGAGAGAGAGAAAGCUGAGGAAAUAGAGAGAGAGAGAGAAAGCUGAGGAGAGAGUGAGAGAGAGAGAGGCGUAAUGACAGAGAGUGAUGCAAAGCCAUAAACUGCCUCCCUGUUCUCCAGCAGAGCAGACACUCUAGCGAAUUAAUAUGAAAUCCUCUUUUUAUUUUUCUCUGAAGUUGCCGCGUGCUGCUCUCCCCACAUCCAUCUGUGAGAUGAAGUCACCAUUCUAUCCAAAUAUACAUUUCAACUGCAUUCCCCACUCUCAAUCUGACUAGAUGGACCCAAUCUGCGUCACUCUAUAGAUUAGACUGCACUGAAUGGAGUGUGUGGGGCUGACGUUUCUGAGUAUUGUCAUUAAGAUAUGGAUUGUGUAAUCUCAUCCUAAAGUCUUCAUGUAAAUGUAUCUGCAUGGAAGAGAUUAUGCACUAUAUGAACUACCAUAGCAUGCAAAUAUAUGCACACACAUUAACAAAAUAGCAGCCAAUGUGAUUGAUUUAAUCUAAUGGAAAAGAACAUCCUCUGAGACUAAUGGAAGUUGACAGACCGACUACUUCCUAAAUUGCACCCUAUUCCAUAAAUAGUGCACUACUUGUCAAAAGUAGUGCACUAAAUAGAGAAUAGGGUGCCGUUUGGGACGCAACCAGACAGUCUAGCUAGGUGAGAGCAGACUCUCUCCGCUCAAAUGUAAUCAUGUUCUUCUCCGCAGCCCCAGUAUCCCCAGCAUCAUCCCCAUUACCCAUCUUAAAGGCCACGGAGUAGCAGUUGAGCUGUGUUAAAUGCUGUGUUGGGGGGGGGGGGGGGAGUAGUUCACAGACUGUUAAUAACCUGUGUGUGUAUGCGUGCAUGUUUGUGUGGGUGUAUUCAAGUGUGUGUGUUGCACUGGCCUGAGCAGUUGCAGUAUUUCUAUCUCUUGAGAUCGAAGGGAGAGAGGCUUAGGGAGAUGUGGCAUUGUGCUGUGAGCUGGGGGUAGGUUCAGAGACUCACUCUAUGUUCUUCCCAGGAAGCUUUUAGUCAAUUGAAACGGUUCGGGCCAAAUGCAGAGUGGAGCUGAACACUAUACCUGCAGCCCCAGUCCACUUGACUUAGAGCAGUAAUGAUCUCCUUCUUUCUCUCUCUCUCUCUCUCUCUCUCUCUCUCUCUCUCUCUCUCUCUCUCUCUCUCUCUCUCUCUCUCUCUCUCUCUCUCUCUCUCUCUCUCUCUCUCUCUCUCUCUCUCUCUCUCUCUCUCUCUCUCUCUCUCUCUCUAUUUCCUCAGCUUGCUCUAG